AUGACGGAUGAGGAAGAUGGGCUUACAAUGGCCCAAUUGCAGUUAGAAGAUGUUAAGCCAGUCGAUUUGGUGGUUUUUGAGAAACCAUCAAUCAUGCAGACGAGAUUUGUGAGGCCACUAUUUAUAAGGGCCUUAAUAGAAGGACGGCCAGUAGACCGAGUUAUGGUGGAUGCCGAAGCGAUGGUGAACGUCAUGCCCACCUCUUUUUUCAAGAAGUUGGGCAAGAGUCAGGAUGAACUGAAGCCCACUGACACAAUUAUAACCGAUUUCACCGGAAGCGGUCAACAAGCUAGAGGAGUGCUCACAACAGAGAUUAUGGUAGGUUCUAAAACUCUACGAACCACAUUUUUUGUAGUAGAUGCAGAUAGCCACUACAAUCUGCUACUUGGACGUGACUGGAUCCACGCAAACGAGUGUGUACCCUCAACACUCCACGGGAAGCUAUUCCAGUGGGUCGGGGACAAAGUAGAAGAGAUCCGGGCUAAGGGUCGGCCCCAAAUGGUGGACAUUAAUGUAGAAAGAAUCGGCCACAUCAAUUGGGCCGAUAUUGAUCCUGAUCAAAUAUCUUUUGUGAGGGUGACCGAAGAAGGAUUACAACUAAUCCUUGUGAAAGACGAUGAAGCUAUGGUGGCAGCCGAGGAGCCACCAACUUGGUUGAAAUGGAAUAUCAAAGAUCAAGAACCGAAACUCUAA